CGAAAAACAACUCUCUGCAAACGGGAUCUCCUGCACCAUGCACUGCAGGCACUUACGACUUCCUGAACUUCGGAGGCAACGGCAGUCACAGCGCUCGGCACCUCAGCAGAAUCAGCGACAAGCGCGACUGGCGUAGAACCGAAUUUGACGCAUAUCGCAAUCCAUCAGCAGCUACGGUUACGUGGCAAAGACGUCGGGCAGGCACCUAUUACCACGGUGGAGGCCAUCGUGAAGUCUUCCUACAGCCCAGCAACCGCAGCGGGCACGGAUCUUGCAGGAGACCAGAGAAUCAUAAUGGGUGCUUGCUGCAGCCACCAAGAAGAAGAAGAAGAACCGUUGCUUCCACCGCGGACACCCGUCUGCCGCGACCGGCUCGUUUCUAAGCAGCCGCUGGUGGGCUUUGUAGCAAACUCCAUACCCGCCCGGCUCCCGGACACGACCGCCACUUCCGCUCCUGUACAAAGCGCGGCCGCUACCGCUGGUGUCGCAACAACCAUCGCUAGGAUCCCGGGCCUCAAACCGCAGCCCUCGGUCCUUACGCAGACCGUCAGAUACGACGAAGUUUCCCACGGUCAUACCUCUUGGCUGCUUGCCUCUGCACCUUCAAACACACCCGACGGCUUGCGGUUCAUCGGCCUGGACACCGAGUUCGACGGGCCUUUGCUUGGCCUCGUCCAGCUGGCUACGAACGCUCGGUGCCUGCUCGUUGUCGUUGGCAAGCCGUCGAAAAACACGCACCGCCGCAGAAGCCCCAACAAAGCCCUGGAUGCUCUUUUCCGGGACCCCGCAAUUCGGAAAACGGGCUGCGAACUCACAAAGGACGCCUUACUUCUUUUCAGCAACUUUGGUCAUAUUUUGCGAGGUGGCAUCGAUCUCACACACCUUUACAGUCCAGCUACGCUGAAAUCCACCAAUCGUGACACUAAGGGACUGUUCACCUUGUUUUCGGAGAUGUACCUCCCUCCGGGCCAGCCGCUCCGGAAGGAUAAAGCCACGACGACAUCCAGAUGGGUUGGCGUCCCCCUCACCGAGGCUCAACUCUGCUACGGUGUCUUAGACGCUUGGGUUUCUUACAAAGUUGGCACUCACGACCCUUCGAAGAUUGCCAGCGCUAUGGUGCUGGACUUGACGAGAAUCGAUCCUGGGUUACUGAACGCGCUUGCGGACCAAAACAGCGCAGUCCUUGCCAUCGAAGAUAUGCAGCAAAAGCAGUACGACAGCAAGUUCAGCACGGUAAUCCUGCGCCAGGACGGUAAAUACGACGUCCUCAACUCCCAGUUUCGAAACAAACUCCAGUUCAAGGACGUUGUUCUGUUCCACCUCGCCUCUGGGCAGGUGCUCCCUGGCAAGGUUGAACAUGGAAAGUAUGGAAAGACCAAGACGGUGAAGCUUGACAAUCAGCUGACGGGGGUGUACGUUGUGAAAAACAUCACGGUAGUUGAGCAGGGCGGCUCAAGGGGCGCGGACAGCUUUUUGAGAGAAGUGUGGGUGAAACUUGUCCUACACGGCCAGCUGGACACGUCUACCGUCCCCUUUUUUGCCACCCUCUUCUUAAGCCAGAAACAACCUCUGGGAACCGCCCCGCCGGCUUACGACGUUUCAGGGCACGACCUGAACCCAUCACAGACGAAAGCCGUGAAUACGAUGCUAAGUGCGCAAAAGCCGCUCAGUCUAAUUCAUGGACCGCCGGGAACAGGGAAAACUUUUGCCAUCACAGCCGCAGUUGCAGCCAGCAUUUCCUCGGCCGAACACCACUUCUACGUGCUCACCUGUCAGACAAAUGCGGCUACGAGAAACCUGGCCGUGACGCUGCUGAAACGUGGGGUAAGUGAUUUCAGGAUUGUCGUGUCUGACAAUUUCUUCGUGGAGUGGCACGAAGAUCAGUAUAAGAAGAUCCGCGACCGCGUCAUCCAGUCGUCAGAAACCAGAAGCCAGAAUUUCGACAAGUUGAUCGGUCCGCGGACCGUGGUCCUGUGCUCCCUUUCCCAGCUCUCGAACUCAAACAUAAUCAACAUAUUGCAACGCCGCCGCGUAACUCACCUAGUUAUUGAUGAAGCAUCGCAAAUCUGCCUUGCCAAUCUCCAACACGUGCUUACCUUGUAUCAGGGCUCGCUCAAACGCCUCACCUUUGUCGGCGACCCUAAGCAGCUGGCGCCCUUUGGAAGCGAACAGCACCCGGCGGUGGAGAGCGUUUUCGAGAGGUUGCAAAGCGAUGUCAUGCUUAACAUCCAGUACAGGAUGCCAUGCGAUCUGGGGGCGUUCAUCUCUGGCACCGUGUACAACGACAGGUUGGCGUCGCAUAAGAAGCCGCGGGAGGUUUGCACUGUCGCGCUGAUUGAUGUUACGGACGGUACGGAGCAGACGUCGGGGACGGGGUUUACAGUAAGAAGCCCGACCCGUGAUUUGCACCGACGCGGGGCAAUGCUGACACUCGCUCUGAUUGGUGUUUAGAACCUUCGGGAGGCCGACGCUGUCGUGCAGGUUAUCUUCAACCAGUUUCUGACCCGAGAGUUUCUGAUAAUAACUCCAUACAAUGCUCAGAAAGAACUCAUCGCCAAUCG